GUUUACUCCAACGCUGUUGACGUAACGUCAGCCUUGCGGGACGUGGACGGAAGAAAAGGGAGUGUAAGCCGGCGCCAGAAUCCGCCAGCGUGUAGUACGGGCCGGGCGCCGGGGCUGGGCGGCUGCGUUCAGCCGGAGAGCUCGCUCACCACCGCCUUUCGCAGUGUGGCAUACGGUCUGUGAAGAAUUCCUUCUGGCACAUCAGGGCGGACCCAGAUCCAUCCCCUCCCCCAUCACCUUUCUCUGCUCUAGUGGCGAUACCUUGGUCAGUGACCACCUCGCAGCAUGUUGAGUCGAGUCUGCAGCUCUGGGUCCCAGUCCUUCACCCACCGUCUCCUGCCCUGGGUCCAAUCCACAACACUCUCCAGAUCUUGUCGUGUCCAGCCUUCAGCCAUCAGACAUGUUCGUUCUUGGAGCAACAUCCCCUUUAUCACGGUACCCCUCAGUCGUACGCAUGGCAAGUCUUUUGCCCACCGCAGUGAGCUGAAGCAUGCCAAGAGAAUCGUGGUGAAACUAGGAAGUGCCGUGGUGACCCGAGGGGAUGAAUGUGGCCUGGCACUGGGGCGCCUGGCAUCUAUUGUUGAGCAGGUGUCAGUACUGCAGAAUCAAGGCCGAGAGAUGAUGCUGGUGACUAGUGGAGCUGUAGCCUUUGGCAAGCAGCGCUUGCGCCAUGAGAUCCUCCUGUCUCAGAGCGUGCGGCAGGCCCUACACUCGGGGCAGAACCAGCUGAAGGAGAUGGCAAUUCCAGUCUUAGAAGCCCGAGCCUGUGCAGCUGCCGGACAGAGUGGGCUGAUGGCCUUGUACGAAGCCAUGUUUACCCAGUACAGCAUCUGCGCUGCCCAGAUUUUGGUGACCAAUUUGGAUUUCCACGAUGAGCAGAAGCGCCGGAACCUCAAUGGGACACUUCAUGAGCUCCUCCGAAUGAACAUCGUCCCCAUUGUCAACACAAACGAUGCUGUUGUGCCCCCAGCAGAGCCCAAUAGCGAUCUCCAGGGGGUAAAUGUUAUUAGUGUUAAAGAUAACGAUAGCCUGGCUGCCCGUCUGGCUGUGGAAAUGAAGACUGACCUCUUAAUUGUUCUUUCAGAUGUAGAAGGCCUCUUUGACAACCCCCCAGGGUCAGAUGAUGCAAAGCUCAUUGAUAUAUUUUAUCCUGGUGAUCAGCAGUCCGUGACAUUCGGAACCAAGUCCAGAGUGGGAAUGGGUGGCAUGGAAGCCAAGGUGAAAGCAGCCCUCUGGGCUUUGCAAGGUGGUACUUCUGUGGUCAUUGCCAAUGGGACCCACCCGAAGGUGUCUGGGCACGUCAUCACAGACAUUGUGGAGGGAAAGAAAGUUGGCACCUUCUUUUCCGAAGUAAAGCCUGCAGGCCCUACCGUGGAGCAGCAGGGAGAAAUGGCUCGAUCAGGAGGAAGGAUGUUGGCCACUUUGGAACCUGAGCAGAGAGCAGAGAUUAUCCAUCAUCUGGCUGAUCUGUUGACGGACCAGCGAGAUGAGAUCCUGUUAGCCAACAAAAAAGACUUGGAGGAGGCGGAAGGGAGACUCGCAGCUCCUCUGGUGAAACGUUUGAGCCUUUCCACGUCUAAAUUGAACAGCCUGGCUAUCGGUCUGCGGCAGAUCGCAGCCUCCUCACAGGACAGCGUGGGGCGGGUUUUGCGCCGGACCCGAAUUGCCAAAGACUUGGAGCUCGAACAAGUGACUGUCCCAAUUGGAGUUCUACUGGUCAUCUUUGAAUCUCGACCUGACUGUCUACCCCAGGUGGCAGCCUUGGCUAUCGCAAGUGGUAAUGGCUUGUUACUCAAAGGAGGGAAGGAGGCCUCACACAGCAACCGGAUUCUUCACCUCCUGACCCAGGAGGCCCUCUCAAUCCACGGAGUCAAGGAGGCCGUACAGCUGGUGAAUACCAGAGAAGAAGUGGAAGAUCUUUGCCGCCUAGACAAAAUGAUAGAUCUAAUCAUUCCACGCGGCUCCUCUCAGCUGGUCAGAAACAUCCAGAAAACUGCUAAGGGCAUUCCAGUGAUGGGGCACAGUGAAGGCAUCUGCCACGUGUACGUGGAUUCAGAGGCCAGUGUCGACAAGGUCACCAGACUAGUUAGAGACUCUAAAUGCGAAUAUCCAGCCGCCUGUAAUGCUUUAGAGACUCUGUUAAUCCACCGAGAUCUGCUGAGAACACCAUUAUUUGACCAGAUCAUUGACAUGCUGAGAGUGGAACAGGUGAAGAUUCACGCAGGCCCCAAGUUCGCCUCCUAUCUGACCUUCAGCCCCUCCGAAGUGAAGUCCCUCCGAACUGAGUACGGGGACCUGGAGCUGUGCAUUGAAGUGGUGGACAGCAUGCAGGAGGCCAUCGACCACAUCCACAAGUACGGCAGCUCCCACACGGACGUCAUCGUCACAGAGAAUGAGAAGACAGCAGAGUUCUUCCUCCAGCACGUGGAUAGUGCCUGUGUGUUCUGGAACGCCAGCACUCGCUUCUCUGAUGGCUACCGCUUCGGACUGGGAGCUGAAGUGGGGAUCAGUACAUCUCGAAUCCACGCCCGGGGACCAGUGGGACUGGAGGGACUGCUUACUACCAAGUGGCUGCUGCGAGGUCAGGACCACGUGGUCUCGGACUUCUCAGAGCAUGGAAGUUUAAAGUACCUUCACGAGAACCUCCCUGUUCCUCGGAGAAGCACCAACUGAAAGCAUUCAGAGGAGAGCCGGGCAUGUUCCGAGCGGUCUUCACAGUUAAACUCAUCUUAAGCCUCUCGGGGUGAACCAGGUCUUGUCUCCCACCUCCUGGAAGGGCCUGCCUGUUGGAAAGUGCCCCUCAGCAUUUAUUGGGCCAUGUGGCAACAUCGGCCUGGGCUAAGGACUCUCAUUCCAGCUCACCCUUUUCUUUCUGUCUUUUUAAGUUAGAAAAUAAUUGCUCUGGAUAGGGAUUUUGCUUAAUUGCCAGAGGGGGACUUAGCUUCACAUAGUGCAGUUCCCUUCAGUGAUAGAAACAGAAAGGUGCGGUUUCCCCACAUAAAAGGCAAUGGAAAAAUCACGGUUGCUUUUUACCUUUUAUCACCUCAAUGAGGUAGAGUCUCCCUUGGCAUGUGGUUGUUAUAAGAGCCGGUCGUACCUGAUGAGUCUCCACGUUUCAUUUCUUUCACACUCUUAGUCGUCUUCAAAAAGGAAAGAUUUGGAAUUGAGAGAGAGGCAGCUCUUUUUAGCAUUCUCAUUAAAAACAAUCACAAAAAUAGACUGAAUCAUUUGUACUAGGAAGAUUGACCUUUUGUAUUUAUUUGUGGAGUAAAUAUAAAUAAGCUGUAAGCCUCUGAAUCCAGGAGCUCAGCCCUACCUGUGACAUGGUUGGAACCUGGAGCUGCAGACAGGAGGUGCAGUUUCAGGAUGAAGUACCUACAGCCGUUGUGCUUGAAAUUUUUAUAUGAAUUAUUUUGUCAUCCUAUCCUCUCCCUCCAAAACAAAAAUUAGAGGAUUAUUUUAAUACUUUGGAUUCUUGCCCCCUUUUUGAGAAAUAAAGUUCUUACGAGAA